AUGAUCAAUAAUUAUCCAAAUCAACUUUUCUAUAAUCCAUCGGCUAUGGGAAUGCCACCGAAUUAUGCAUUCCAAAAUGGUAUGUUUAUAGAUCCAUCGAUGAAUAUGCAACCAAUGAAAUCACAGAAAAACCCAGGAUCAUCAUUUGUUUCUCGUAUACCAAGUCUUCAUUUACCUGCUAUUCUUUUACUUACUUUUUCUUGGAUAUUACAGUCACUAGCAACAUUUAUGCCAUAUUGGUCUGUUUAUUCUGGAAUACCUAAUUCACGAGCAGGUCUUUGGAGUGCUCAAAAUUUUAAUUAUACGACAAUACAAAAUUUUUAUUUUCCAGAACCGAAUAGUUUUCAAACUCUAACUGGAUCAGUUCUUUUUACUACGGCAAAUACAAAAGGAUAUGUAGUAACUGUACAAUUUUUAAUGACAUUUAAUUUUGCCUUAAUGUUCAUUGUAAUUGUUUUAUUACUAGUUGAUUAUAUUUUAUCUAAAAAUAAGAGUGCUGAAUCUGGCAGUUUUCUGAUUCGUAAUUAUAAUACAUCUGAUACAGUUUUAAAAUAUGCUCUUCUUCUUUAUAUUAUUUAUGUAUUUGGCGUAUUUGAAUUUGCAGCAUGGAUAACAUAUAUUGGUUCACGACAUGAUAAUAAUUGGAAUUUUCAUGUUUCAUUUGCAUUUGCUGUUAUUGUAAGUGCGUUUCUAAUAUUUGUUUUUAUAAUGUAUGUUAUUGAAUUCAUUAAAAGAUUUGAAAAAGUUCGUUUGAAAUGGGAUUAUUGGUAUGGCCCAUAUAUUGAAUGGGGUUUCUUUGUAUAUCUUUCUGCAUUACUUUUACUUCUUCUUGUCAUCUGUUGUCCUGAAUGGGCUUAUAAAAAAGUUGAUCCAUUAUAUUGGUUUGCUGAGAUUGGUCUUUUUAAACAAUGCUAUUUAUCAUCGAUAUAUAAAAAGACUGCUACAUCGGGUUUUUGUACAUUAUCACAAACGUCAAACAAUCAAUCAUGGGUUAAUGCAACACAAGCCUUUAUGCUAAUGGCUUAUAUUAUAGGCAUGAUUAUAUUGCUCAUAAUUAUUGUUUUUCGAAAAGAAUUUCGUCAUAGAGAAAAUGGUUAUUAUACAGAACGUGUUAAACAACCACUAUUUACAUAUAUCAUUGCAGGACUUAUACUUUUCUUUUGUUUUAUUUUUUCAUUAAUUGGUGUGGCAGUAUUUGGUGGUGAAGUAUUUAAGUAUCCAAUAGAUGUUAAUUGGGGAUAUAUAGUUGCUGUAUUUGCUAUGACGCUUUUUCUUAUAACUGGUAUUCUAUUUAUUUUGGAUGCUGUUCAUAGCAAGAAACAAAUAGCUAAGGCAAAUUCAUCAUCGGCUAGCAAAUUUUUCUUUCCAGCGCCUUUAAAUUAUCGUGUAUUAGGUCUGCAACCAUUAUUACCACCCAACCCUGUUAAUCAACCAAUACCACCAUUUCCACCAAUGGACCCAUUUCAAUUUGGACAAAUGGCUCCGGCAUCUUGGCCAACACUGUCACCAUUCGGUUUCCAACAGCCAGCAAUGUAUCCACCAUCAAACUUUGUCAAUGACCCAUACUCUCCACUACAAAACAUAUCAAUGAUGCCACCAAAUUUUGUCAAUGAUCCAUACUCUCCACUACAAGACGUAUCAAUGAUGCCACCAAAUUAUGCUAUGGAACCAUAUCCAUCAGCUCCAUUCACCCAAGCAGCUUUAGCUAAUUAUAUUCUACAAAUGCAAUCUAACCCACAACUAUCAUCAUUACCGUAUAAUGAUGGUUUAAUGAAUUAUUCAUAUGAUGAUCCAUUGACUUUUUCAAAUGACCUAAAUUAUAUUUCUGAUGAGGAUAGGAUGAAUUUGAUGGUUCGUCAAGAGUUUUUACAACAACAACGUUUAGCUUAUAAUCAUGAUCGUUUACUUGAACGAUACAAUCGUCUUUCUCAGCCAUACACAUCUACAUUUCAUACAUAUGGUACAAGUAGCUUACCUGGUCGAAAUUAUGAUGACUAUUUACGUAUGAUAUAUGGUAAUGAUCAUCAGGAAUAUUCAUUAGCUGACAUGUCGCGAGCAGAUAUAGGUUCUUCAGACGAAACAUAUCGAUACAUGGGUGGUGAAUAUGAUGAAACUUUGCCAAGAGAUGUUAGUGCAGUAAUGCAAUAUAAUCGUGGUGAUUUAAUGCCAUAUGUAUAUGCAGAAAAAUCAGAACCUGUAAAAAUGUAUGAUCAUCCAAUAUUUAGAUCAGCAUUAGCCUAUAUACGAUCAUUAUAUAAUAAAACAAAAUAUUUAAAGAAAAAUAAUAAUGAAAAUGAAGUUAAAUUAAAUAAUAUUGAUCAUAAAGAAGAAACUGAAAAGCAACCCACAAUUACUAUUGAUAAUGACGAUGAAAUAUUUGAUCAUGCAACUUUAGGAGAUAUAUUAAAUAAAAGAUGGAAAACAACAUAUGGACAACUUAUUCCUAUUAAUUCUCAUCUUUUUAAUAUAUAUACUCAACGAUUAAAUGGAUCUAUUGAAAGUUAUGGUCAAUCAUUAUAUUUACCAUCUGCUCAUCAUAGUCAUGACACACGAUUAAAUCAUUAUGGAGAGAUAUUCAUUGCAUCUCUAUCAGAUACUGAUUUAGCCGUGGUUCGUAUGUCUAAUAAGACUUCUUCUUUAUCGAAUAGUGGAUACAAUACACUGUACUCGCAAACGGUUCCUACAACCGUUUCACAAUGA